GGCUCGCCUUUAUAACCGCCGCCAGGCUCGCGGCUCUGCAGAGCAACCCGGCCACGCGUCCCCAACGUCCCGGGUCCCAACGCCCCGGAACGCGUCCCCUAACCGCCACCGCGUCCCCGGGACGCCAUGGGGGACCCGCGCUGUGCCCCGCUACUGCUACUUCUGCUGCUACCGCUGCUGCUCUCACCCACCGCUGGGGAUGCCGCGGUCAUCACCGGGGCUUGCGACAAGGACUCUCAGUGUGGAGGAGGCAUGUGCUGUGCUGUCAGUAUCUGGGUUAAGAGCAUAAGGAUCUGCACACCUAUGGGCCAAGUGGGAGACAGCUGCCACCCCCUGACUCGGAAAAGGCAUGUUGCAAAUGGAAGGCAGGAAAGAAGAAGGGCGAAAAGAAGAAAGAGGAAGAAGGAGGUUCCAUUUUGGGGGAGGAGGAUGCACCACACUUGCCCCUGCCUGCCAGGCUUGGCAUGUUUAAGGACUUCUUUCAACCGGUUUAUUUGUUUGGCCCGGAAGUGAUCACUCUGAAGUAGGAACUUGAAAUGUGAACCUCCGCUGCACAACACCUGUCAAGUCUCACUUGUAAUUGUGUCAAACAAAGAAUACGCCAGAAAGAAAUGUCCUCCCUCAGCUUUCCAAGUAACGUUUCUGUCUUUGAUUUUUGAAGUGGCCUCUUUUCUUUUUUUGAAGGAGAAUUUUGAUUUUUGAAGAGAUUUAUAGAGGGCAAGGCUUUCUGGCAUGGCUUCUCAUUUCCCUGUUUAUGUUUUGCCUUGACAUUUUUUGAAUGCCAAUAACACCCGUUUUCACAAAUAGGAGAAUAAGAGUGAACAAUCUGUUGCAGAAACUUCCUUUUGCCCUUUGCCUCACCCGUCCUGCUCAGUGCCCAGGCAGACACACCCUUAUUCUUCAAAGAAUCUGGUGAUGCUCACCUUAGUUUAGCGUAGUGGGGCCUCUACACUCCCGGGCUUGCUGGUAGACCUACUGAGGAGGCUCAGAGAGCUAGUCCUGUACACGUUUGAACCAGACCCUCCAGGCAGCUCAUUGCAGGCAGACAUUGGAACAUUCAGGAACUUUCCUGACCCCCACCCCCACCCCUGCCUGGCCCACUGGCUUUCAGUUCUGCUGUUUAACUGGUGGGAGGACAAAAUUAAUGGGACACUGAAGGAACCUGGCCCACUUUUCUAGAUUUGUUUAAGUAAAAGACAUUUUCUCCUUGGUGGAAUAUUACAUGUCUUUCUCUUCUUUAUUUGAGACUUUUUUUAAAAAAACAAAAACAAAAACAAAAAAAGUCUUGUUGGAGACAUUUUAAAGGAUGCCACUUGAGGGAGCAUUGAUUUCAUCGGGCAUGACAGGAGUCAUCAUUUUUUUAAAAAAAUCGGUGUUAAGUUAUAAUUUAAACUUUUAUUUUUAACCCAAAGGUCUUAUUGUAAUGGAUUUCCUGAUAUCCUGCCAUUUGUACUGGUAUCAAUAUUUCUAUGUAAAAAAAAAUUCUGUAUCAGAAUAAUGAUGAUAGUGUAUAUCCUUUGAUUUAUUUUGAUAUUAUAUCCUUAUUUUUGUCAAGGCUGUCAACAGUUUUUAUUAUGAGCGGAUUUUAUUUCUACAUAGCCCUCAUCCUAAGGUCAGCAGACACCCCAAAACUGGUGGAAUCACCCUAACACUACAUGCAUUUUCAUCUCACAUCCAGGAGAGCUGUGUUUGUGUGAAUCUCAAGGUAGCACAAAGACGAAUAAAUAAACCAUGUGUAUUAAAACAGAAACAAAAACGAAAAAGCUUUGGUGAGUGAAGGAAACUGUGACACCCGUUAGCUGGAAUGGACCCGUAGGCUUGCCCUGUGAGAUUGGAUGGAGGGUAUGUGAUACGCGCGCCGCGUGGCAUGGGUUAGGUUCUAACUGCACAGUGAUGCCAAUGUGGUCUGACCUUGAACAACUCACUAAGUGUUUUCAACCCAUAUUGUGUCACAAAUAAACAUCUGAA